UACGGAAUGACAGAAUACGCUCCGAUCACUCACUUUACGAGUGCCGAGCGCUGGGACUUCACACCGGGAUCUGCGGGACAACUCUCGCGUAACACUGAGGUUAAAAUCGUCGAUACGAACACUGGAAACAGUUUACCCGUCAAUACAGAGGGACUGAUAUGCGUGAGAGGACCCAAACUUUUCAGCGGAUAUCUCAAUGUCAACGCAACCGAUGACAUAGACUCCGAGGGUUGGCUCCGGACGGGAGAUAUCGGACACUACGACGAAAGGCACCGACUAUUCAUUACAGACCGGAUCAAAGAGUUGAUCAAAUGGACGACAUAUCAGGUCUCGCCCACAGAAUUAGAGCUCUUCCUACAGACACACCCAUCGGUGGCUGAAGUGGCCGUCAUUGGUGUCAGUCAUCGCACUGAGACUCAGUGGCCGCGGGCUUAUGUGAUUCGAAGGCCCGGCUAUACGACCACCGCUCAGGAACUGUGCCAAUACGUGUCCGAUUCCGUGGGUUUUUCUAAGCGCCUGAGGGCUGGUGUGGUAUUUAUCGAUCACAUCCCGAGGACUAACAUCGGAAAAGUGGACCGAAAAUAUUUCAAACAAUUGGUGGCCAACGAGUUGUUGGACUGA